AUGGCCAUUCUACACGUUUAUUUCGAAGGUUGCUGCCACGGCAAUCUCUCAGCAAUUUACUCUGCAGUCCAACGUCUUGCCAAAACACAACACCCUGCCGACCGCGUGGAUCUGCUCCUAAUUGGCGGCGAUUUCCAGGCUUUACGUACACCCAGUGAUCUCAACUGCCUUGCCGUUCCUGAAAAGUAUAAACGUGAAGCAGCCCGUGGUUCCUUUGCUUCAUAUUUCCGUGGUGAACUAGUAGCACCUAUGCUUACUGUGUUUGUCGGUGGCAAUCAUGAAGCUUCUAAUUACCUACAGGAAUUACCCCAUGGCGGUUGGGUCGCGCCAAACAUAUAUUACCUGGGCCGCGCAGGCAGUAUUAUUUAUAAAAAUGCGGUGCGCAUAGCUGGGGUUUCUGGGAUUUAUGACGAGCGUGAUUACACGCGAGGAUACACAGAAAGAGUUCCAUUUUCACCACGCGAUUUACGAAGUGUCUAUCAUGUGAGGAACUUUGACAUUGCUCGACUAGGACUAUUGGCAAGCCCACAGGUUGCUGCAUCUACAGCCAAUGUGUAUUCGGUAAGUGCAGAAAAGCUAGUGGAAGCUCAGAGUGCAAUUGAUGUAUUUAUGUCGCAUGACUGGCCUGCUGGUGUUGAGCAACAUGGAGAUGUACGUGGGUUACUAAGGCGGAAACCAUUUUUCCAAAAAGAUGUUGCAGCUGGGGAAUUGGGGUCACCUGCUGGGAUGCGAUUAUUAAAAAAGUUAAAGCCAAAGACGUGGGUUUCUGCGCAUUUGCAUGUAGGGUUUCAAGCUACAGUUGAGCAUGGGAAGGAAGAUCAACAUGAAAAGGAAGUAUCCAAAAUAGUAGUGAAGAAUCAAGAUGAAAUUGUGUUGGACUUUGAUUUUGACGACAAUGAAGAAGAGCCAAAAGAAGAUAUUCAGAAGGAUACAAAAGAAGAGAGUUCAAAGGAGGACUCGAAAGAACCAAAAGAAGAAUUAAAAAGUGAUUCCGAAAAAGAAGAUUUGGAGCCUGAAAAAACACACUUUGUGGCCUUAGACAAGUGUCUUCCACGGCGUCAUUUCCUACAGCAUAUCCCCAUCAUAGUUCCUGACUCUACGACAAGUUCCAUUCAUUCUUCUCGGUCACGCUCGUCUUCACCUUCAGACUCUUUACGCAAAAAGCAAAAGCUGGAUGACAAGUCUGUUCUUGAGUCGUCUCCUGUUACAACUACCUCUACAGAUCCUACUACAACAGCAACAAUAACACCAAUAACAACUCCAAAUGAUGAUACAAACUCAUCGGGUGACCAGUCUCUCGAUACACCAAAAGAAGAAACAAACAACUAUGAUCAAUUCGUGGUACCCGUACGCUACAAGUCGCUUCUAAGUUACGACCCAGCAUGGCUUGCAAUUACUCGAGCCACUGCUCCAUACGUACCGAUUCCCUCAGUCCCUGAGGCAGAAGUGUUGCCGUCACAACCACAGCCACGGUCACGGCCAUUAGAAUACGACACAUUGACUGGCGACUUGGAUAUGACACCGAUAACAACAACAACCUUGGGCAAUAGUGGUGAGGAAACGAAGUCGGAACUCGAAAGUGCGGUCGAGUGGGUUGCAGAGCACGUGACGGCUCUUGGGUUUCUUACGAUCCCGACCUACGAGUACUUUUUUGGUAGAAACGGUGGUGGUAGUGUUGAAGGUUCAAAGUCUCCUAAAUCUCCUAAAUCUCCUAAAUCUCCUAAAUCUCCGAAAUCUCCUAAAUCUCCUAAAUCUCCUGGAUCUUCUAAAUCCCUGAAAUCCCCUAAAUCCCCUAAAUCGCCUCAACAAACAAUUAAGCCACACCCUUGGUUCCGCCCAGAACUCGGAGACCCGAACUCGCCAGCGAUACAGGGAGCCGACCGCACUGCGAUUGUGGAUAACCCUCAGACUGACCGGUUUUGUGCGCUAAUUGGGAUUCCUAGUUGGAUCCGGUUGUUAGACAAAGUUCCACGGACUCAAGAAAGUCAUUAUGGUGGCCGCGGCAACUACAACAGUAACUACAACAAUAAUUACAAUAACAAUAACUACAACAAUAAUAAUUACAAUAAUAACAAUAAUAACAAUAAUAAUAGGUCCCGUGAUGGACGGUCGUCGGGCCGAUGGAAUAAUAAUGGUCGUGGAAGUGGUAGAGGUGGUAGAGGUGGUAGAGGAGGAAAUGACUAUGGCCGAGGGGGGGAAGAAGGAGGAAGACCAAAUGUGAGUGACCAAUACGGUGCGUACAAUUACAAUUCGCGGGGUUCUACAGCGUCAACCACCACCAACAACAAUAAUGACUCGCCUACAAUUACAACAACUACAACUACAACAACAACAGCAGCAGCAGCGGCUACAACUGGCGUUGCCCACUCGUCUACUAUCACGGCUACACCACAAUAUGUCUCCGACUCGGAUUAA